GGUUUAUUUCACUCUACACAUUCAAAGUAGUUUUACGCAACGCACCCAGAGCAAGAGCACAGACCCAGAGCGCUACCUUAUGGGGCGGUCGCGCAAGUGUGUAGAAUCCGAAACCGUCGACGGAGAUAUAAGCAAGCGGAGAGGAAGUCAUUAUUACAGCGAAAAUUACCUGUUUGGCAUACGAGAAAAAUAACACAGCCUCACUGGGCGCUUCGGUUCAGCUUAAGCUAGUGUUGGUUAGGUUUCGAGGAGCCCAACAUGCUACACUCAUUAACGUAAGUGCGCUGGCAAGGGAAGGAUCAUAUCCGGAUCAAAGUCGUUGAAUGAGUUGUUUUUGAGCUGGUUGUGAAUUGUGAAAGGUGUUUAGUGUGCAGAAGAACUGCGUUGUUUCGUUUUCGUUUCGAGUGACGGCUAAAGUGGUGAAAUUGUGCUUUUCAAGCAAGUGACUUCAAUGACGACGAUGAAGAGCAUAUUUGCAAAGGAUUGCAAGCGACAAACCUAGGCGUCGAAGUCACUUGAAGUGUUGGCGUUGCUGCUUCUAGGAUUUAUGACGCGUAAUAAGUGACCGCGGGGAUAGAAUAGAGCGGUGCUCAAACGACUCUCAAACUACAUUCCGAUUUUCUACGUUGAGCCAUAAAUAGCCUUUAUUUGGAGGAGAAAACAGAAGACAACGAUUGAUCGAAACUGGAGUUCGUUUCCGGUGUGUCUUGGCCCGUUUGUCAACUCGAGUUGCACAGCGACAGAAGGUGUGGACCUUGGUGAAGUGAAAAUAUUUAACUAACUCGAGUGAGAGAACAGAGAAAAGUGCUGAAACAUGAGUUAAAACUUGCAAAUUAGUGUUCGGGGUGAGCACAAAGGUUUUCACUUUAUUUACGACGUGCUCCAGUAAAGCAGAACGUAAUAAAAGUCGAACAACGACAGGCAGGCAGUGGCAAUUAUGCCAUCACAAUGAGUGUACACUGAGCUUCCGUGGAAAAUUGGAUUCAGAUUCGAAAAUACAGUCAGCUCUUGGUGAUUGUUUGCGGAUCGGCUACAGCACGCGGUGGUGGUGGUGGCGGCGGCGACGGCGGAGGCUGCUAUCCGACAGGCAGGUGGGGAAAGUGAAAAGUGUGCUUCUUCUGCUGCAUCGCGUACAUCGCCAGUGAAACGUCAAAUUGGAUCGGACGCGCCCCUCUACGUCGUCGAUCGAAGAAGAACAAGUCGUCCGUCACCGUCAGCCACCGGAAUAAUGGCUCACUUCUCCAUCUCGGAGAUGCCGGAUAUGAAAGUGACCGAUACGUUCCCGAAAAGCGGUCGUGUCACCGAAGUAUGCAAAGAAUGGCUGGUCCGGGAGGAUAGUGCCUUAGCGUAUCAACUCCAAAACAAAGAGAUUUCCGAACACUACAAAGGAAACAAACAUCGGAACCAAAUCGUUCGCCAGGAUUUCCCAACUGCUCUAUCGGAACAAAUCCGGGAAAAGGAAGACGCCGAACGCCAGGCUGCAUUGUAUCACCAGAUGAUCAAUGAGCAAGAAGAAAUGGAUGCCAAAGUUGCACGCGACAUUGCCGACCAGCUAAGACGUGAAACCGAACUGAAACGCAGACUCGAAGCGGAAAAAGGAGAAAUGUUGGCACGAAAACUGCAAGAACAGGUAGCGAUCGGCAACCGAAAGCACCAUCGGCCCCCCGUUGAACCCGAUCUCGCUUUCCCAUUGCCGCCGAGAAAUCACCCGAAACCUGUCCAGCAGCAAGUACCGGUUAGGCCGCCAUCGCUACAUCACGCUUCCCCGUACAUUGCUCAUUCACCUCCGGAGAUGAGUUCCGCCAUGGAACCACCAGAUCUGCAUUAUGCUUCACUAGAACUGAAUUCUCCGAAGCGACCACCUCCGCAGCCAAUAUUUCAGAAUGGGAAAAAUGCUUCCGCCAACAUAUACCAAGAAAUUGCCCACAAUCCAACGCCAAAUUAUCAAUCGAGGUACGAUCAAGAUGAGGAAGGCUAUACAAACAUAAACCUUCACUCCCAUACACCCGAAAAGAAGCAGCCUGCCUUCCCCAAUGCUAGAAGCGGUUCGACUUCCGUCGACAUCGUAGACAGCAUUAGGCGCUACGAUCUACCGUACGAAAGCGACUUCAGCUACCAACUUCCGCCAGCUCCAUCGCUCAACGACUUUACCGGCCACAGUCAGCGGUACAACGUCAUGCGAUCCCACAACACAAAAUCCGAUGGUGCCUACAACAAGUUCAAUAACAACAACAACAACAACAAUGUCUGCCCCGAAGAUGAUUUUCGAAACAAUUCAACCGCUUUCAACAAAAUCUCCCCGGAGAAGAUCGUUGCUCCUCCAACGCUGGUUGGUGCCUACGGAGGAGCAACCAGUAAACAACCAUCGCGUGCUUCCGUCAACUACAACGUCUACGACGAUGACGAUAUCGAAGAGGCGCUCGCUCAACCACUGCCAUCGAACCACACACCGCAGCUCAACCAGAUUGGCCUUCCAACGAAUCUGGACAUGGGUGCAAGCUCCAGCUCGCGGUACUCAAACAACAACGCCAGCAGCUUGAGUCACGGUUCGCACCAGCAUCAUCAACACGUCCACCACCAAAAUCCUCACCUGUACCAAAAUCAUCAUCCCCAUCAUAACAUCCAGCAGCAGCAACAGCAAACUCAACAGCAGCAAGCCGUUCCACAGCAAAGUCAACCGUCGCCGGCGCAUUCCAAGAGUGGAAGCUACGACAAAGCGGAUCGGAUUCGAGCACUGAAAGAUUUGGGACUGCCACCGGAUGAAAUCCAGGAAAUCGAUAAACGGCUCGAACAGGAACUGAAGGAUGAGGAACUAGCGCGUAAACUGCAAGAGCAGGAAGCGGACGAGCUGGAUCAGGAAGUCAUCGAUCGACGUGUUGCAAUGGAAGCUCAAGACAAAGAGCUAGCCAAAAUGCUUCAGGAACGAGAACGCGCCAAAGCCAAAAGGGCUCGGGAAAAGGCCCGACUCAAAAAGGAAAUGCAACGGCAACAGCAGCAGCAACAGCAACUGCAAGAUUCCGAAUCUCACGAACUUGGCACCGGAAGUGAAGGCCAUUUAUCGCCCCAUCAAGGUGACGGAGAACCUGCUUCGUUGGAAGCAGCUGGUGGCGAUCCGGAUGGAGAUUCUUACUCCAAUCCAAUAGAUGUACUGCAACAAUCUCACAGUCCGGGUGGAGUCCCUAGCGAUUCAGCUGGUGGAAAUAGCAAACGAUACUUCGGAGCUCCUGCACAUUCCCCUGAACACGCAGCAGGUCAACACCGGACCCAAGGCAGCAUCUCGUCUCACGGAUCUGGCUCCGGGAAUAACUACCUGCAAUCGCAAUCUUCUCCAAACGAAGACAGUUAUUCUAAUCCAAUCGACAUGAUUAGGCACCAAAAGUCUGCCCCGAACUUGAAACUUUCGGCGAAUGUGCAGAGGCUAGUUGAAAACGGUCGCAAGGAAGACGACAUUUACGUUCUACCUGUUUCCGAAAGAGAGGAAAGCCGAAGUCCCAAGAGGCCAAAUCAUCUAGAAAUCAGGGGAGCACGUGCUGGGGUUACAAGAAGUCAAUAUACAGAAGACAACAUUGCUGCCCGUAUCGAUCCAACGUACAACUCCUCAGGUGCUAGCCCACUGAACACCAAUUCGCUGACUGCAUCAACGCUCUCUUCACCUCCCGAUAUUCUCGAAUUUUCCGAUCCCGGAUCAUCUAGUCCAGUGCCACCGUACAUGCCGAUACAGGGAACGAGAAGAAACAACUCAGCCGACAAUAAGAAACGAAAAUCAAAAGAACGUUGUGCUCAACAGUGAAUCACAAACGAAA